ACAAGUUUUUCUCAAUCUUUAUAGCAUUCAAAUGAAACUACCCAAGUUCUUUCCUCAAUCCUUCGUUCUCUGGGUUUCACCCAUACUCAUUGCCUCACACAAUCUCCUCCAAGUACAUCCAUGAACUGUAACCACGCCACUCUCCUUUGUCUUUCUCUCCCACCACCACCACUGAAUUCAAAUCGUGUCAUUUUCCCAAAAUGCCAUUCUGCAAUUCCCUUAUCCAACAAAACCCUUUUGUGCAAACCGAAGCUGAAGAGAAAAACGAUUCUUCUUAGAAUCAAUGCUUCUUCAAAGGAUGAUAAUGCUCGAUCACCAAAUUGGUCUAAGUGGAUCCCCACAGGCUCUUUCGCUGCUGAUAAAGUUUUCAGAUUGAUUUCCAGUGCUACCGCUAGUCCCAUUGGACAGUUUGUAUCUUCCCCCACCACGUUUCUUCACUCUAUCGAUCCUAGGGUCAAAUUGGUAUGGCUUUUAGUUCUGGUUGUUCUACCGGCAAGGUCACAUAUAAUUAUGCGAUUUGGAUUAGUAGCAUACUUGACUUUGCUUUCAGUUUGGACUCUACCAAGAAAUGCUUGGAUGGAUCAAUUGGGGCGAGUUUAUUUUCUAUCGGCAUUGUUAUUCAUAACAACAGGGCUUGGCUCAGAUGGCGUUCCUGCACUUGUUCAGCCGAGAACUCCACCACUUGCUGUGACAGGGAUUCCUAAUCUUCCUGUAUCUUUAACGGGUUACUCAUAUGUAAUCUCAAAGUUAGGUCCAUUAACCUUUACAAGGAAAGGAUUAUCUGUAGGAAGCACGGUUGCAUGUUUGACUUUUACAGUAUUUCAAAGUGCAAGUCUCUGUCUCACAACCACAACACCUGAACAACUAGCAUCUGCAUUGCGAUGGUUUAUGCUUCCUCUGAGAUACAUAGGUGUAUCUGUAUCAGAAAUUGUGCUUACCCUUUUACUGUCAUUGAGAUUUAUCAGUCUAGUUUUUGACGAGGUCCGGAACAUUGCUAUGGGAAUUGUAUCUCGUAGGGUAAAUUGGAAACAACUAACUGUUAUGGAAACAAUUGAUAUUUUCUUUAACUACUUCCGUCGCAUCUUCAAAAAUAUUUUCAGCCAUGCAGAGCAAAUUUCUCAGGCUAUGAUAGCUAGAGGUUUUAAAGGGGACGUCGAAAGUCACAAAAUUUAUUUCUUGUCUGAAUCAUCUUUUGGGAUGGCAGAUGUUGUAAGUUUAUUGUGCUUGUCAGUUGUCAUUGGAGCUGCUCUCCUGUCUGAUUACUACCUUGUCUAAUGACAGAGAUUCACCACUUUUGGCACUGGUACUGUAUGCAGGCUCUUGAAAUGGUUUGUGAUGAAAAGGCUACUUGGAAACUUUCUUCGACAAGUGUCUCAACGGAUUGCUUCAAAGUUGAAACCAAAUGUUUGGAUUAUAUGUUUUCAGAAGCCAGACAAGUCAUUGUAUAUCUAUGUAGUUUUCUUACAUUACACAAUACAUAGGAAGCGUUAUGUGGAUAACAGAUGGUCCCUUUCGAUACCGUAGAAAGUUCAUAACAAAUAUCCGCAUCCUUUUGAUCAGGCUUUACCUAGAGAAGGAGGAGGAGGAGUUCAUAAUAAUCUUAGUAAUGAGCAGAGCUAAAUGAUAUUGAUGCCUGGAAACGUUGCCACUGUCAUAGUGGGUUUUGAACUCUUGUAACAUUGCAAAUAGUAGACCUGAAACUCAUUUUGAGUUAAUAAUAAAUACACGAAUUAUUGUUCAAGUUGAUGAGUUGUACAAAUCAAUACUGUAUGUUAUUUGUAUACAUUUAGAUGCAUACAUUUGUAACUGAUUCUGUAUAAGAAACAAAAAAAAUGGACAAGAAUUUGAAGACGUGUAACCAGUUUUUGGCACCUAAUUCAAAGUAUUUUUGUUUA